AUGGCUCCACCACUGAAGACUGGCAAGCGCAAUUACUCUUAUUCUUUUGUGAACCCUAAUCUGAAGUCUGUUGAGUGUUUGGCAAAGAAGAUCACACCGGAUGAGUCAACCAAUUUCCGAGAAAAAUAUGGGUACAUUCUGAGCCUCCUCAAGAUGCCAUUUACCAAGGAUGAGCAAGAAGGAGUUCACACUUUGCUUCAGUUCUAUCAUCCUUCCCUCCGUUGUAUCGCAUUCACUGAUUAUCUUUUGGCCCCUACCUUGGAAGAGUAUUCGUCAUUCCUUGGCAUUCCUGUUGGGAAAGAGGUACCUUAUUAUAGCGCCAUGAAGGCCCCUGAUUCCAUUGAGAUUGCUAAGGCUCUUUAUUUGAGCAAGUCAGUCGUGGAGGCAAAUCUCACCAAGAAAGGAGGUUGUCAUGGUUUUCGUAUGGAGUUUCUGGUUAAAAGAGGUUGUGAUGCUGCUGAAGCCAAAGAGUGGGACACUUUUAGAGCUAUCCUGGCUCUAAGUAUCUAUGGUAUUGUGAUGUUCGCAAAUGUACCUGACUUUGUUGAUAUGAAUGCCAUCCACAUAUUCAUUCUGCAGAACCCCAUUCCUACGCUUCUGGGGGAUGUUUUUCAUUCCGUUCAUCAUCGUAAUGAGCAGAAAGGAGGUUUGGUUAGAUUCUGUGCUCCGCUGCUAUACCGUUGGUUCAGAUCACAUUUGCCGGAACGUGGAGCUUUUGUUGAUAAUAGGUACACAUCCAGAUGGGCUGAUAGAAUCAUGGGGCUUAGAGCUAAGGACAUUGUCUGGUACAACCGAUCCUUGGACCAUAUGGAAGUUGUUAUGAGUUGUGGGAAGUUCAAGAAUGUGCCUCUCAUGGGCAUCAGAGGUGGGAUCAAUUACAAUCCUAUCCUGGCUAGAAGAACAUAUGGAUACGCUUUCAUUAGUCCUCCUGAACAAGCAGAGAUUGCUGAGAAUAUUUAUUAUCAUUCAGCCACCAAUGUUGGGCAAAUGGCGGAAGCUGCGCAAGCCUGGAAGAAUAUUUGCUGGAGAGAUAAGAAGUAUUUUGGUCAAAGAGACUGUGCGACUUAUAAAGACUAUACUGAGUGGGUUGAAGUUGUGGCCAACACCCAAGGGAUGCCCUUCCCUCCAAAAGAUCCUUUGUAUCCUCCUGCUGGUGUACAACCCGACAUUGUCUCCAUGCCUUGUUAUAAUCAGACUGUGGAGCAGAAUCGGAAAUUGACUGAACAAAUGGAGACGAUGCAGGUUAAGAUGAAUACUGAUAGGCAAGAGAAGCUUUCUGCCCUUCAUAAGCUGAAAAUGAGAGAGAUAGAGCUUGAAGAAUUGUAUGCUAGAGGAAGUACUUCUCAGAAAAGGUCAAGGGUGACCAUGGACUCUAAAUCUGCUAAAUCUCAAGAGAGGGAGAUCAAAGAGCAUUAUGAGGAUCAGUUGGCGGAAUUGACAAAGAGGCUCCAAAUCCAAACUGAUAUAGCCAAAUCAGAGAAAGCCCGUCGAAAGAAAGCAGACAAGCUCCUUCUGGAACGUCAGGCAAAGAUUGAGGGGUGUUAUGAAGAGAUUCGCAAGUUGAAGGGUCGAAUGGAGGAAAAGGGCCAAAGUGAUACUCAAGCUCAAGAGGAGGCCAGAGGUUGGGAAUUGAGAAGCCGUUACUUGGAGACCAUGCAUUUCAGGAAGGACCUAUUGAUUCAAGAAGUUGUUAAAAGACCAACCCAUGCUGAGACCAAAAAGCUGUUUGAAGAAAUGAAAGCUUGGAGCUAUAAGAACAUUGGAGAUAGCCCACUUCGUCAUUUGGACAUGGGAGAUCCUGCUUAG